UCCAUCGUUCCAACAUAAAGAAAAUUCGAGUUGAUUUUGUGCCUAACAUUCAGAGUUGGAAAUUUAAUUGUGCGCGUAAUUCCGUAAUGGCCCAGCGUGGAAAACUCAACCAGUGGCUGCGGCACUCAAUUUCGAAUCUGAAGCGAGUCUUUCGAGGGGAUUCGUUCAUCGAGGGACAGGUGGGAAGACCCACGACACUGCCUGCCACUGCGGCAGGUGCUCCACGUAGCUCCACUUCAAAGCAGGGCAACGCGGUGGAGGAGAAGUCCAGCAGCAGCCCCAGCCCCAGCCCCGAACCACUCCAAGGAGCUUCGUUUUGCCACAAACUCUUUCGCAAGGCACUAGGUUCCGCGGAGUGCGAAGUGCUUUCUAUGCCAAAACAAUCUUCGAUCAAUAAGUCAGCGAAGCCAUUGCAAAAUGCUAAGGAUGAGGCGCCAGCAGCAGUUUCCUCUGUUGACAUUUUGGUCACCUUUUAUGGCACACAAACUGCCCAAAACGAUGCAUUGACCACAGCCACUCCAACUGAUGUCCAGCCAGAGGUGGCAGCUAACAAAUCGAAUUCAAAAGGGAAUUCAAGCCCCACGUUGCACGCCGAACGGGAGCUGCGAUUGAAGAUCAUUUGUUUGCCGGAAGGAUUGCCCGUGGAGAACAAUGAACUGAAGCGGAAAACACUCAAUGAAAGUCCUCGAAAUCAGGCUUUAGUCGUUCCAUCUAUUACAAGCGGCUCGGCCCCAAGAAAUAAUCAAAAUUCAAGUCAAAAUUAAUUUACGAAAACAAAGAAAAAGCAAGCAGAGUAGUCCUGAGAUUGGGACCUAGAGGACCUGUUCUUAUAUCUUUCGGUGUUUCGGUUUAUAAUAUCUUUCGAAUUAAAGUUAAAGUUACAACCAGUUGAAACCCGUGGGGAAAAUGUCAAGAGAGGUUCAUCCUGCGUUUGCGGCAAUCUAUGGAUAUGGAUUUCAUCAACUUAAAACCCCGCACAACAGACGCAGAAGUUCCCAACUCUCGACACUCAAAAAGAGCAG